AUGGCAACUUUGGCUAAAUUGGCCGUUCUUUUCCUGCUUGUUUUCGUUUGUACUCAAGCCCAAAAGAUGACUCGACAAUGCACCUGUCAAGAAUUUCAAAAAUGCAAGCAACAAAUUCUCGUUAACAUAUUUCCUUGUGCUGACAAAUGCCAAAAAAAUCUGGCUCCAUUGGGUGGUGACUACAGACAAUUGCGGGCUUGUGAAACUCGAAAAUCAUCUGCAAUUGAAGGUACACUUUCGUGCAUGGAAAGAGCACUUCCAAAUGCGUGUGCAAAAAGUCUUCCACGUAUGAUACCAAAAAGAGCCAAGGGUGGACUAGAGAUUGCUCUUAUGGCUGAAGGAAAUAGAAUCUUACAAAGAACUGGUAUGCAGUUAUAA